AUGGCCAACUUUUAUGAGCAACACCAGCAUAAAGGUGGGGAAUGGAGCAAAAACUUCCUUCUGGAAGAAUUUUGGAUAGGAAAUUGUCCAUUUAAAGAAAAUUUCCCUGAUUUGUACUGCUUAGCACAUCAACCUGAUGCUACUAUUGCUGAAACCUGGAGCCAGCAGGGUUGGAAUUUCAGUUUCAGAAGAUUUCUCAAUGAUUGGGAGGUAACCAGAGUGAUUGAGUUCCUUAAGGUCCUGGAAACUUUCAAGGGACCAGUUGAGCAAGUGGAUAGACUGACAUGGGAUAGCAAUUGCAGAGGAGCUUUCACUGUUAAAUCUGCAUAUGAGGGCCUAAACAGAUCAGUCCAGCAGCAAGGGCCUUGGUUAUGGAAGCAAAUCUGGAGAUUGAAGGUUCCUUUUAAAGUUGCAGUAUUUUGUUGGCUAGUGGUCAAACAGGCCGUCUUGACUCACGAGAGUUUAAUGAAGAGUGGAAUGCUCCUGUGUUCCAAAUGUUUCCUAUGUGGUAAGGCCAAUGAAACAAACAUUCAUCUCUUCCUUCAUUGUCAGGUCACCAGUAGAUUAUGGCAGUUGUUCAUGAGUAUGAAAGGUCUAAGUUGGGCAAUGCCAAGAGAUACCAUGGAGCUUUUGUUUGUUUGGGACAACUUAGCAGCUGGAACAAGUCAGAAGAAGUGGUGGAGCAUCAUUCCUGCAUGUAUUUGGUGGACAGUUUGGUUGGAAAGGAACUCCAGAUGUUUUGAAGAUUUAGCCAACUCUGAACAGAAGAUCAAAAUGAACUGCAUAUUUUUGUUUCACUUUUGGUGUAAAGAAGCUUUAGUACAAGAUUCCCCUAACUGUCUACCUGUUUCUCUUUUCCUUCCUGUUAUUCAGGAUGAGUUUUCAACGCUCAAUGCCAGAUUGAGACACUGCAACAUUUCAGAUUCUAUUGACAUUAUUGACUCAACGCCAGAACAUAAUAUUUCCAGUGCAAGUUUGAAAAAUACGGCAUUGAUUCUCUCACUCAUGAUGUUGUCCCUUCCUCUUGUUUUUAUUAAAUAUAUGGAGUAUGUCUCUAAUGUUAGAAGACUGUUGGACAAUACCACUGAGGAAUUAUCUCUGAACAAGCGGCUAGCUUACCGGGUGGAUGUAUUCUUAUCGUUUCAUCCUUAUGCUAAACCACUAACCUUGUUAAUUGCCACUUUGCUCCUGAUUUCUCUUGGUGGCUUAGCACUUUUUGGCGUGACAGAUGAUAGCAUAGCAGACUGCCUUUGGUUAUCAUGGACAUAUGUUGCAAAUUCAGGAAAUCAUGCUAAUUCUGAGGGCAUUGGUCCACGACUAGUGUCAGUUUCUGUUAGUUUCGGUGGAAUGCUGAUAUUUGCCAUGAUGCUUGGACUAGUUUCUGAUGCAAUCUCAGAGAAAUUUGACUCGCUCAGGAAGGGAAGAAGUGAAGUAGUUGAGCAGAAUCACACACUUAUACUUGGUUGGAGUGAUAAGCUGGGAUCAUUACUGAAUCAACUCGCAAUAGCUAAUGAGAGUUUGGGGGGUGGAACAGUUGUAGUCAUGGCUGAGCGAGACAAAGAAGAGAUGGAACUUGAUAUUGCUAAAAUGGAGUUUGAUUUUAGAGGAACUUCUGUCAUAUGUAGAAGUGGAAGCCCCUUGAUUCUGGCUGACCUGAAAAAGGUGUCGGUCUCUAAGGCUCGUGCAGUAGUUGUCCUUGCUGAAGAUGGGAAUGCUGACCAGAGUGAUGCCCGUGCUCUGAGGACAGUUUUAAGCCUCACAGGAGUAAAGGAAGGUCUUCGGGGGCACAUAGUGGUUGAACUCAGUGAUCUUGAUAAUGAGGUUCUUGUGAAACUUGUUGGUGGAGAUCUUGUUGAAACUGUGGUGGCUCAUGACGUAAUUGGGCGAUUAAUGAUCCAAUGUGCUCGACAGCCAGGCCUUGCACAGAUAUGGGAAGACAUCCUUGGAUUUGAGAAUUGCGAGUUCUACAUCAAGAAAUGGCCACAGUUUCAUGGCAUGCAAUUUGAAGAAGUCCUAAUCAGUUUUCCUGAUGCUAUUCCUUGUGGCAUCAAGGUGGCAUCAUCAGGUGGAAAAAUAAUACUGAAUCCCGAUGAUUCCUAUCUGUUGCAAGAAGGAGAUGAGGUCCUUGUUAUUGCUGAGGAUGAUGACUCAUAUGCUCCAGCACCACUGCCUAUGGUUCAGGGAGGAAACUUGCCAAAGAACAUAAUUAUUCCAAAGACUACAGAGCGGAUUCUGUUUUGUGGUUGGCGACGAGAUAUGGAGGAUAUGAUACUGGUAUUGGAUGCCUUCUUAGCGCAUGGGUCAGAGUUGUGGAUGUUCAAUGAAGUUUGCGAGAAGGAAAGAGAAAAGAAGCUAACAGAUGGUGGCCUAGAUAUUAGCCGGCUGGUGAACAUAAUACUGGUAAACCGCGAGGGUAAUGCUGUUAUACGACGACAUCUAGAAAGUCUUCCCUUAGAAUCAUUUGGCUCGAUCUUAAUUUUGGCUGAUGAGUCAGUGGAAGAUUCCGCAAUUCAGGCUGAUUCCAGAUCACUUGCCACAUUACUGUUAAUACGAGACAUUCAGGUGCUUUGUGGAAGAGUUAUUUUAUAUCUUAUCCAGUGCCACAUUUAUGUUAAAAUGUGCCCCUUUACUUCUAUUAAUGUCUCAUGUUUUGUUGUUUUGUCUUAUGUGCUGGGGAUUUGGCAUUGGCCCCUACCUUGUAUAUUAAAAUCCAAAAAUAAAUACAUAAAGGAGGGGAAUAUGGAACCUUACCUCCUCAAAUCCUAAGCGAGUGUUAGGCAGGCCCAACACUUUUCAUCGAUGAAGCUUACAAAAGAAUCCUGAUCUAGUGUAACAAUACAUGUCUCAACUAUUUGUUGAUUGGUUUUACUUUUAGGAAGAUUUUAUUUUAUUUUGUAGUUUGAUUUUAGGGAUUUGAUAGGUGU